AUGGAGAAUGAUGAAAACCUUAGCAUGUACGCGCAAAGUGUAAUGACUAGUUCUGAGAAAGAUGAUGUGUACGAGUUCCUUUCGAUUAUAAAUAGUUGUUAUGAGCUCUCUGAUUUUGCGAGUUUGUUAACAUCAGAUUUAGAUCUUUUCAUCAAAAUUAUCAGAGACGAAUUAGGCAUGAAUCGCUUCAGAAGAAUGUUCGGGAUAUUAGAUGAUGUCGACACCAUUUUUUUCUACCCAAUCAUGGUGAGAUUCACUGAGAUUAUGACUCACGAAAGCGGCUACGAUUUUGCGUCACACGUUCUAAGUGUUUGCAACAUACAUCACAAGAAACUAUUUUGUUCUAUCACAUUCCGUCAUGCGUUAGACUUGGCGCGUGAUGAGAAGGGUUGCAUCAUACUUAAGAAAGUCAUAACAAUAGCCAAUGAUUACUACAAAGAUGAAUUUCUUGACCUGAUUACAGAUGACGCUUACAAGCUGGCGAGCAUGGACAACGAUCUAGGAAUCUCCCUAAUCGAACAUGUGCUUAAACUCGAUUUUACACGCAAAACCACAGAAAACGACAUGCGAUUGCACGUGCUAAUGGCUGAGUUUGAUGAGAAUCUCUCAACGUCAUCAUCAUCUCAUCACGACCUCCACAAACUUGUCGAGAAGCUAACGUCAGACCCUGAUCUAUUUGUCAAGUUUGUCAAAACAAGACGAGGCUCGCUCAUGUUUCACAUAAUCCUAGGAAAAUCUGAAGAAACCGACACAGUUGUUUGGGAAGAAGCAAUCAAGCAAAGGUUUACCGACAUUACAACCGAUUUUCGAGCUGGUUUCAUCCUAAUACGAAGCAUGCACGUUUUCAAGAAAAGAGGAAAUUUGAAAAUGUAUGAUAAAAUGCUACGCCAAAUAGGACUCCACGCUCUCUACCUAACCAAAGAUAUGCAUAUGGGAAACGUCGUGAUACAUCACGUGCUUAGUCUCUUUAACUACGACUAUUCUUAA